CGUUCUUCAAAACCAGGCCAUCGACGGUUUUGUAUGAAUCUUCUUGGCGCCACAAAUCAAAGCCUGGAUCACUUCCUGAUCCUUGAAAACAUCUGAUCAAGUCUGGGCUUUUGACUGUUGACAAGGGCUUUGAAGUCUCUGCGGCAGAGCAAAGGUCUGAGAGGGGAGAGCAGGGUGCGCUGGUGAAGUUGGAGGCUGCCGCUGUGCGAGAGUCAAUCAUUUUUGUUGGUGUCUGGCUCUCUGAUUGGCAUUGCUCAAAGGGGACCUGGACAUCAAACGGCCCUGUCUAGAGUCGAACAUGAAGCACGGCGAAGCGCUUUGGUUUCAAUUCACUUCCCAAAAGCUACUUCGAAGAUAGGGCAAGGCUGACUUUGCUAGAUCGAGAUCGGAAGCCGGCAGGGGUUCACCAGCCAUGACCAUGUCUGCACUUUCAAAUGGAAGUCACACAUCAAGGGGGUCUUCACUGUCCUACGGAAGCUUAGGAUCGGUGGGAAGGUGGAAGCUUGAUGAGCAGAAGCGCAGACUACGUGAGGCAAAAAGACGAGCAAGCGGGUGUGUGCAAGAGAUAAAGGUUUUGAAGGAGGAAUGCUCUGGUCUGAGUGCCAAAAUCAACGACGAUGAAAUAAAACAGCAAGGUUUGCAGGAGCAGAAGGAGCAACUGCAAACCAGCCCAGCAGGUGGUUCACAACUAGCGGAGAUUGAAGAAAAGCUUCGUGAAAUCCGAAAGCAGAUCAAAGCAGACAAAAUGGAGUUGGACAAGGCAACCAAGCUGCUUGACGAGCGUCUUGAAGAUCAGCGGCUUUUGUAUGAGCAGCUCUUGACAGAUGAGAAGGCUAUCCAGAAGGCAGAGAACGAGGAGACCUCAUCGACAGAUGCUGCCCUGCAAAGAGAGCUGAAGCAUCUGUCAGAGGAGAUGCUGCGGUUGCAGGGGCUUUGUCAAGAGAUGCAAGAGUUGCAGACCCAGUGCAGCACUGUCAAAGAGCAGGAGGAAGAAUCGGCCCUGGUCUUACGUCCGCAAGACGAGAAUGUUGUCAGCGGUCUCUCCUCAAAACGCGAGCUACAUGGGUCGUCAGGGAAGAAUGCUGUUAUUCGCCAAGAAAGGGACCAGCUUGAGAGGGAACUUGCAGCAGCAAAGGCAGUGGCCGACUCAAUUCGCAGGGAGGCUGAAGAGAAGGCUGCCAGCCGCCAACAGCAGCUGACCGCGUUGACUGAGGAGUUGGAACAUUUGAAAGCCGCGAACGCCGAGCUGAGCCAGGAGGUGCCGCUGCUGUCGGCACAAAACCAGCAGUUGAAAGACGAGCAGGAAGCGCAGGCGCGCAGGACGGAGGAGCUCCAGAUGACCAUCGACUACAUGCAAGAGUGGCAGGCGGUUUUGAAGCAGAAGGUGGCGCGUAGCACGGGCAAGAGCUUUGGGGGAGUAAACGACCAAGGCUCAGCAGAACGGGGGGGUGCAAGUGCUGAGAGGAAUCGGGGAGGUUUGGCCAAGCGGCUAGACUUCGAGGACGGGAUGCUGAGCCCCGACUCUGUGGCCCAGAACCGAACACCGGACUCAGAGAUGCGCGGGAGAGACGCGUGCGCACGGAUCUUUGUUCAGGGCCUGGAGCGCGCCAUGGUGGGGACGCCGCUGACUGUGCCCGUCCAGGAGGAAGAAGGGGACCUGCUACAGCUUGUGCGCGACGUGGAGAGGGACAUGGGGGGAGAGCGCAUCCGCGAGCUCGAGUCCCUUGUCUCGAAACUGACGUCAGAGGCGGAGGAGCUCCGCAAGGGGUCCCUGGAGGACGCACUGGCAGCUGGAGAGCAAGGGGAAGAGGAGCCGUUUGAGAAGGAGGCGAACCUGGUUCAGCAAUUGGCGGAAGAGCAGGCGAAGAGAGAGGCGGCUGAGAGGCGAAGUGAGGAGCUGGCUAGGCAGUUGAUGGAUCAGGCGCUCUUCGGGAAUGCACAAGAUACCAAUGGUAUCUUAGAAGACGCUGGAAGGAGGCAAGGAGUUGCAGUCCAAGGUAGCGAGGAGUCUGACGUUCCUGGCGGACUUCUUUCAGAUGCCUCUCAUUCAGUCAACCUGGAUGAGAUGGUGGCGAACCUUUCCCAAAAGCUGUCACAGACGGAGGCUGCAAGAGAAGAAGCGGAGGAGACGGUGUUUGAGCUGGUCAAGGAUCUAGCCACUUUGCGUGGCCAAUAUGAAGCCUCCCGACGUGACAAGCGGAUCGCCUCCAGUUUGCAACGCGAAUACGAAGCUUUAACCCGGCGUCUAACCUGGCGAAGUGUAUUGGUGGCCGCGCAAGUUGCUCUGUUCCUGUACUUCGCUUUUGCAGUAGCUGGGGAGCUAGGAUUAUGUGGGUUUUUAAGCCCCACAUAGCUAUCGAGAUUGCAAGGUCAGGGAAGAGCUGAUAUUGGCGCCCUCUCUCUUACAAUCUCAAACGGGAUCAGAAAUCAGUAUUCAGGUGGAACAAGCGAGACAUUGUUGGAGCGAGUAGAAAGACUCGAUAUUUGGUAGGCAAUCCCAUCCGUUGUAUAAUUUGCAAGAGCAUACUCGGAGUAUUCAAGUCACCUAUUUUCAGCGAACCAUUACAAGGUCCACUAGUUCAUCUGUCGAAGGGUUUCAUUGCGUUGGUGGCUAAGCACAAUGGUCAUGUCUUUAUGAUCUUGGGAGAUGUACAUAUACUACACUUCUAUGUUCGAAGGCUCGAUUUGUAGAAUCGUUGCAGGCCACAAGGUGUACCAGUAAACUUAAGUGUUCCUUCUCGC